CCCUCUAUGGCCCCGCCCCCGCGGGGCACGCGAAGCUCGCGCGCCGGGAGCCGCCACUCGGGCCCGGACGCGAACCCGGGAGGAGUCCGGUCUGCAGCGCGGUCCGGCGACUCGUCUCCUAUCGCCUGCCCCCCCCCCCCACCGGGGCUCAGUCGAGCCGCCACGACUCUGUUGCAGAGGAGACCCCCCUUUUCUGGACGCCCGCAUCUUCUUUCCCGGGACCCCACCGCUCCCCUGUCCCGCGCCACCCCUUGGCUGCUCCGUCUGUGAGCCGCUCCGUCUCUGGGCCGCUCCGUCUCUGGGCUCCUCGAUUCGUGUUCCCUCCGUCUCUGCGCUCCUCCAUCCGUGGACUUUCCCGUCUCGGGGCUCCUCCGUCUGUGAGUUGCUCCAUCCGUGAGCUCCUCCGCCCCCCCUCCCUCCUCCCCCUCCUCUUGCGUUCUCCUCGCGUCGCGAUGGGAGCGCUGCUGCUGCUGGAGGUGAUGGUGGUGAUGGUGGUGCUGCUGCUGGUGUCUCCGUGCUGCCCGUCGCCGCUGGAGGGAGGAGGCCACGAGGCGGCCCUGGCCGUGGCGGGAGGCCGCCACGCCGUCUACUGGAACACCAGCAACCCGCGGCUCUACCGGAGCGACUACACCCUGGAGGUGAAGAUCGGCGACUACGUGGAGUUCUACUGCCCGCACUACUUGGCGGGCCGCGGGGGUGCCGCCUCCCUCCCGGCGGGGGGCGAGUGGGAGAGCCACCUGAUCCACCUGGUGCCGGCGGGCGGCUACCGAGCGUGCGACACCUCGCGCCCGGGCUUCAAGCGCUUCAACUGUGACCGCCCGCGCACGCCGCACGACCCCCUCAAGUACGUGGAGAAGAUCCAGCUCUACACGCCCUUCUCGCUGGGAGCGGAGUUCUUGCCCGGCAGGGAUUACUACUACAUCUCCGUUCUUGGAAACGGAAACUCCAAGAAGUGUUUGAGGCUGAAGGUGUCCGUCUGCUGCGCUAACGACACGAGCAGACUCAUGCCUGAUUUGUUUAAUCGUGAUUCUGUCACUGAAGGUAAUCAAACAGCGGAGGGAGGCAAGGAGUCCCGGCAGGCGACGGCGCAGGCUUCGCGCAGCGUGAGCGGAGGAGGGCCCCGACUGCUCUGCCUCUCGCAGCUGCUGGUGACCACGGCCGCCCUGCUCUUCCUGACCGUCUGAGCGAGCCCCGAGCCCCUCCCCCCCCCCGCGCCCUCAGGGGGCCACGGGGAGUGACCCCCGACGGGCAGUGGCGGCGCCCUGACGACCCCCCGCCGUAGGGCGAGGGCGUCGACGGUGGCUCCCUCGAGCCCGGCGGCCCCGCCGCGGUGACCGCCGCUCGCUCCACCCCGCGCCGCCCGAGCCGUCGCCCCCACGGAGCCUGGUGUCGUCCCUCCCCUCGACGGAAUGUCAUGACAAUUUUUUUUAUUAACAUCGUCUCCAUCGUUAUCGUUGUUGUCGCGAUUACAUCUUAAUGCUGACGCAAGCGAUCAAGGGCUGUCGCACGAGGACGCUUUGAAGGCCGCUCUUUUCUCCCCGCGCUUCAAAGGGAACCUCAGAAGUUUCACGGCGAAAGCUGCGAUGGCGAGCGGCGACUUGAAAUCACCGCGUUUGCGAGCGCCCGUUUUCCCCGUGGGACCCGGGCUUGUCGUGGGCGGGUGGAGCCCUUGAUCUGCCGACCACCGUCCGCCGUUUCACCGCUCCCCCGGGCGGAGGGCUGACCCGGCAGCCCGGCCGCUGCUCCGGCGGGCGCAGACGGCAAGGGACGUGGGGGAGGGGAGCAGAGGAUAUUGGCCAUAGAGAAGAGGAAGAGGAGGAAGGGGAGGAGGAGUGAUGGGGACGUCAUUCUGAGCCAAGAUGCAGAACAAUCGUCCACAGUUUACUGAACGAUACUUUUUGGAAAAUGAGCCAUUUAUACGUUGCCUCAAUCCCAAAGGCCAUCACGAAAAAGAAAAUGAGAUAGAUAGAUAUAUAUUCACAACAAGAUUAUACAUUGCUCGCAAAGAUUUUUACACCAAAUAUUUUAACCCCGUUACGGCAGAGGCGUUUGUAUUGUAGCGGUGCCGCAUGGAGCGCGUCGAGCCCAGCGGCACCGUCCGGUGCCAGCGCCACGGCCGGCGCACCACACGGUGCCAGCAGCUGCACGCAGACUCCACGCAGCUCCAAGCAGACUCCACGCAGACUCCACGCAGACUCGGCAUGGUGCCGUCAGCGCGGCACCGCCGCUCACCGCAGCCUGAGGGGGACCCCGCAAACUGAGAGGCCGAGUUGGGGGAGUGGAGAGACUCCGGGACGAGCUCGGCUCCGUCUCCGCACGGACGGCCCACCUCGUCGGCGUCGCCACUCGACCUCGGAGUCGCCGCUCCUGUGGGAGUGGGGGGUGGCGGGGGAGCCUGGUGAAGACACUGAGAGAAUUUGACACUGUCACGCGCCUUGAAAUCCGCAGGACGUUGCCUGUAGAACAUGGACGCUCGCCGCCGGUUUUCUCCAAGAAGGAUGAGGCCUGCUCGGCCACAGACUGUUGUGGGUGGGAAACGGGGGGGGCCCUGGUGGAUGGGGAGGGGUCCUGGGGUGGGGGGGGUCACGUGACUGAGGGAGCAUCAUGGCCGACAAUCGCAUGCGGGUAUUUGCAGACUGCGUGUGCAUCAGGGGUCUGGGUGGCUGGCUCGCACGAAGCACACCGAUUUGUUAGCAGCACACCGAUUUGUUAGCAGCACACCACGUCCAGAGCACACCCACAGUUGACACGGCCACUGGCAAUGACUGCAAGGGGGUGCUGCCACAAUGGUGCGAUGGCUCGCAGUCGCAGCAGCAGGGCCACUGGGCUUGCAAUCCAGAGGCAUUAGAUUUUAUUUGAUCUCUCACCACGGCAGUUGAAACCCCUCCGCAUGCAGUGGCGCCAGCGAUGAACCGCGGGGCUGCACCGAGCGCGCCGAGGGCACGGCUCGGCACGCACAGCGCACACUCGGCCACAGAGCGCACGAGACGCACGGACCGCGUCGCCACCGCCUGCCCGUGCGUGCGUGCGCGUGCGUCGCGCACACCCCGCACACCACACCGGGUCGCGUACGACGCGUUAUGCACAACCCGCAGCGCGCAUACCUCUGCGUGCGUUUCCGUGUAUGUACGUGUGUAAGUGUCUACGUGUAUGCGUGCGUCUACUUGUCUACGUGCGUGUGUACGUUCACUCCCUUUUGUAAAGCCCUCCCCCCAACCGUGCAGAACCCAAUCGUGUUUCUUAAAAAUAAACUCCAAAUGCUGACCACUA